AUGGACGCGAUAAGGAGAUCAGCGCGAACAUCAAGGCUGGAUAGAGUAAGAAGCGAGACAAUCAUGGACAAAAUGGGUAGACGAAAAACUAUAGUAGAGGAACUAGAGAGUGCACAACUGAAGUGGUAUGAACAUGUGAGAAGGAUGGACAACACGCGACUGCCUCAGAAGCUACUAAACUGGCUUCUACAAAAGAGAGAAGAAAACAGGGGAAGACCAAGGACAAACUGGAUGGAGAGUGUCAAGAAGGCGAUGAGCUCAAGGGAUCUGCGUGACGGAGACUGGAAUGAACGAAAUCAAUGGCGACUAGGUAUCGCGCAACAUCAAAGGACGUUUUAA